CCGACAGACUACAUGGGAGCUGCAGGACAGGAACACUGACACCGGGUCACUCAGCAGAAGUUCUUCAUCUCCAGUCAUGCAGUUCCAGCACUCUCUGUACGCCCCGGUGCACCCGACACCCUUCUACAUCGAGGACAUUCUGGGCAGAAGCACGUCCACGUCCAGUCCCGUGGUCCCGACACCGACUCUACCAUCUCACAACUCGUGUUUCACCAGUUUGAUACCGUCAUACCGGACCCCGAUCUACGAGCCCACGCCGAUCCACCCGGUUCUGUCCCCGCACGCCCUCGCGGCCACGUACGCGUCCGUAUACCCGUUCCAGCGCUCCGUGGGAGACUUUACCCACGCACUGAUCCGACACGACCCACUGGGUAAACCUCUGCUGUGGACCCCGUUCAUUCAGCGUCCUCUCCACAAGAGGAAAGGAGGACAGGUUCGGUUCUCCAACGAUCAGACCAUCGAGCUGGAGAAGAAGUUCGAGACGCAGAAGUAUUUGUCCCCUCCAGAGAGGAAGAGACUCGCCAAGAUGCUGCAGCUGAGCGAGAGACAGGUGAAGACGUGGUUCCAGAACCGUCGGGCGAAAUGGAGGCGACUGAAACAGGAGAAUCCUCCGAGCGGUCAGAGAGAGAUCGAGGACGGAGGCGAGCAGAGAAACUCCGACAGAUCGAGUCCUGAUGUCCUGCGCACGCGCCGCGAGCUGGAGUCCGACAUGUCCGAUGAUUCCGACCAGGAACUGGACAUCGAAGAAGACACCGAAUUCUCCAUGACCUCACAAUUAUGACCUCAUCACCGGCGCUGUAAAUAGUGUAUCAUAUUGUACAUGUGUGUCCUGUAGUAGAAAUAAAUGAAUGUCUCGGAUUAGCGGUGCAGGUUAUUAAUUAUUGUCUGUAUUCUGUCAGUGUUGUGGAAAACUCAGUGUAAAUAUUUUGUUUCAUUCAAUAAACAAUAUUUUUGGGGA